AUGCCUGAUCCGGUCCUAACUUACUCUUAUUUCAAGGCUAACCUAGAUUUUGCGUUCCGCGUGAUUCGUGAUGAACAGCGAACUAUUUUGGGCAAUUGGUCUCUGCAUGAUUCUUUGAAUGGGAUGGAUUUUUACGAUCCUGAUGAUAACGAGGGAAAUGGCAAGCUGAUCUGGGUGGAUUUGCUCGAAAACCCAGAACGGUUCACUGGUUACAAAGGCGCUGCGUCCCACCGAAUUUGGCACAUGAUUCAUGCAGAAAACUGCUUCAACGACAAAAACUUUGACCAUCAAACGUUCGUACCUAGUCCAGAUACCCUUCGAUGCCUGGAGAAGCGUGCAUUUCAUCGAUUGCUAUCAGGCUUGCACACGAGUGUUUCCGUCCACUUGUGUGCUCUAUACCCACGUACCCUUUUUGCCACCGGUCAUCACAGUUUAUCCUCGAGUUCGUCCAACUCUGCUGAUUGGGGCCCCAACAUACCGGAGUUUCAUCGGCGCUUUCACCCGGACCUUGUACCCGAGGGUUUGGACCGAUUGCGCAACUUGUAUUUCGCGUAUCUGGUGGAACUCCGUGCUUUAGCCAAGGCUGCGCCUUAUCUACGGAAGAUCACAUUCUACACCGGAGAUGAACAAGUCGAUGCGAGGACGCGGGUGGCUGUGGACGAUCUGUUGGGUAUUGUGGAGUCAAAACUUAACCUAUUUGAUGAACGUCAACUAUUUACCGAUAAAACAGAAGAGGCAGAAUCGUUAAAAUUGCAAUUUCGCCAACAUUUCGCCAACAUCUCUCGCAUCAUGGACUGCGUUGGUUGCGACAAAUGCCGUCUUUGGGGCAAAUUACAGACCCAAGGUAUGGGAACAGCUUUGAAGAUCCUAUUCACUGCCCCCGAUCCCCUGAUCGAUUGUGGACCACAAUGCCAGACAGGUUUUCAACUCACUCGGCGGGAGAUCGUCGCCUUGUUCAACGCUAUCGGUCGUCUUUCGACCAGUAUAGGAGCUCUUCCUGAACUUUGCUGAUCCGCUCUUGUGAUCCAUUUGCAACUACAGUCUCCUCCAACCGAUAUGCCUCAUCUGUCAAAGUCCAGCUUCGAUGUCCUCGUUGUCAUCGUUCAGGGUUGACGUUUUUAUAUUUCACUCUCCGUUUUCAUUCCCCAACAUCUCGUGCUCAGGACGAGCAUCUUUCUCAAGUCUUUGUGAACAGCUUCGAAGUCGUAUCCGUAAAACCCCUAAUCCCCUAUUUUACUGCCCAAAUUUUACUGUGAUGAAUUCUCACUGAACCUGCCACAUGUAAAUACCUAUGCAGUUCCAAUUUCAAUCAGAGUAGUAAGGAUCUCUUAGUUGUACGUGACUCUCGCCAUUAUUUUUUGUUUUCACUCUCGAUACCUUUCUCUAUCCACUCAGUUACUUCCUACCGUCUGUUUGUUGAAACUUCGUGCAUUGUUGCGAGCCCCCGCAACUUCAUCGUUUUUCACAAUACACGUUCUUUUGGUUUGCA